GGAGCCCACAGUUCUGCUCCCAGCGUCUCCUCGUUCACCAUGAAGGAGGGCGUCUGUCUGACCGUCUUACCCUGGCUUCUGCUCCUGCUCUCCUCUGAAGGGUUCAGCCAGAGGGUGAACUGCCAGUGGGGUCCAUACAGUGAAUGGUCCCCGUGUGGUGGAUGUCAUGCUACACAGACCAGGACUCGUUCGAUCGCUGUGCACGCCCAGAAUGGAGGGAACCCGUGUUUUGGGGAGAAUUUUGAAACCAGGCCCUGUGUAGACACUCGUCUGCUUUUUUUCAAAUGGACCUGUCCGGAUCGUAGAGUGCACUGUCAGUGGGGCCCUUUUGGAGAGUGGUCUGAGUGUGACGGCUGCACCAGAACACAGACUCGUUCUCGGUCCAUCGCGGUGUACGCUCAGUUUGGAGGAAACCGCUGUGGUGGAGAACGCUCUGAGACCAGGCCGUGUGAGUCGACGAAAGCCUGCCCCCUGGAGCUAGGGUGUGGGAACCGAUUCCGCUGCAGAUCAGGCAUGUGCAUCCCCCAGACUCUGAUGUGUAAUGGGGACCAGGACUGUGAGGAAGACAAUGAAGACGAGCGUACAUGUGAGAACAAGGAGCACUUUGUCUGUCAGCUGCAGAGGCCUCCACCCAACAUCGAACUGCUGGGAGUCGGCCUGGACGUAGCCACAGGAAAGAGCAGAGGGAGCGUCAUCAACACCAAGAGUUUCGGGGGCCAGUGCCGCCAAAUCCACAACAGCGCCUACAGACUCCCCGGGAGCCUGCUCAAGUUCACUGCUGUGGCAAAAGUUCAGAACGAUUUGAACGAUGAGAUGUUUGAGAGUGAAUGGCACUACAGAAAGGAUAUUGUCAAAAGAGAGACGUACAGUGGGACGUCAACAGGAUUCCGAAAUUAUGACUACCACGAGUCUGAUGAAAGAACACGGAAAUUCCGUCUUUUGAUCCUGAAAAAUGACAUUGAAUUAGCUAGUUUCCAGGCUUCAUCUCCAGAGUAUAUUCCCUUAGCGGAGGAGUUCUGGAAGGCCCUCUCAAAGCUCCCUACAGUUUAUAACUACGCUGCCUACAGAGCAAUCAUCACCAGGUUUGGGACACAUUACUUCUCAGAGGGAACAAUAGGGGGCUCUCUCAACGUGUUUGUGCGACUGGAUUCUGACGUCAGAACACACAAAGUUGAAGAAAGAUUACAUUAUAGAGUGUGUGAAAAGGUAACGCGCUUUAUUCUGUUUAUCCCCAUAACACGUGAGUCCUGUGAUGGGGAUUAUAAAAACCUCGACAGAACUCCUGAAAUAUCCAAUAAGACCAGUUUUGUGCACAGAGUGACGGCAGAAGGGGGCGGUGACGCUCUGAUAGCACAACUGCAGAACAUGGCGAUCAGUACACCUGAAGCUAACUGGAGGGCCUACACUAACUGGGCCGACUCUCUGAGGUCAUUCCCCAAAGUUAUCAAGUCAAAGCUCCGACCUAUUUGGGAGCUGGUGAAGGAGGUCCACUGUGCCAGGGUGAAAAAACUGUACCUAAAAAAAGCCUUACAGCAGUACCUGUCCGAGUCCCACCCGUGCCACUGUCUGCCCUGUGAGAAGAACGGCAUCGCGGUAAUGGACAACAACGUCUGCAAGUGCAUCCCUAAACCCGGGUCUGAGGCCGAGGACCCUGAACGCAUGGAGGUGGACGGCAGCUGGUCCUGCUGGUCGGCCUGGUCCGUCUGCUCUGGGGGGAGUAAAACCCGAAUUCGCUCCUGUAACAAUCCACAUCCAAGAAACGGAGGACAACAGUGCACUGGGAAACCGACAGAGAUGGAAGAAUGUGACGACGAAGAGCUAGACUACCUCAGGGGCUUUGAACCCGAGUGCUUUGACUUCUCCCUAUCGCCCAAACUGAAGUGUGGGCCUCCUCCAACUCUGAUCAACGGCUACGUCCUGGACCCCAAAGACACGUACCUGGUUGGGGACAGGGUGCAGUAUAGGUGCAUCACAGGUUUCCAUCUCUCUGGUCCCUCCACAUUUGAGUGCACUGCAGCGAGGACCUGGUCUGGAUCACCUGAAGUCUGCCAAUUAUCAAACUGCAUGGUGCCAGUGCUGUCAGCUGGGGUCCUGGCGUCUCCAGACAAGUCCACCUAUGAGAUUGGGGAUUCUGUCAUGUUGUCCUGUCCCGAGGGUCAACUGCUGCAAGGCGAGAACACGGCCAUCUGUGACCCCAGCCUCAACUUCUCCCCAGACCCCACCCUCGUCACCUGCACACGAGUGAUUCGUGAGGCCGACCGUCAACCUGUGAAUCCUUCAGUUCAGUGUAAAAUGUGGGAGAAGAACAUCAGAGGCCAAUGUGUGUGUAAACUGCCCAAUGAGUGUGGCCCGUCUUUGGAGCUGUGUGCAUCUCUGCCAAUGAUCGGACACACUGUUCUAACUGUGUGUAAAGUUCACGCUCUGAGGUGUAUGAAGAAGGAGCCAGCUUUAGCGGAGGACAGUCUGUGCACGUGGCCCCAGCGCUCUGCAGACUCGGGCUGCUCCAAGUGCCACCCAUGGGAGACAUGUGACCAACAAACCAGCUCGUGCCGCUGUCAGGACUCUGCGGACUGCCCCUCCCCAGGCCUGAGUGUGUGUGUGCGGGUGGGCUCGGACUCAGCCCCCCUGACCCUGAGCGAGUGUGAGGCUGGACUGCGCAGGUGCAAAGGGGAGAGGGUCACUGUGGUGGACAUCGAGCCGUGCUCCAACUGACCCCUGCAGCAGAGGUCACUUACAAUGUGUCUUUGUUCAAAUGUUUGUUUAUGAAACCAUAGUCACAAAUAUAUUUUUAUCAUAACUUCAGUGUCAGUAUUUCAGUGAACAUCGACUGGCUCCAAUUCACUUUAUAUUGAAAAGCUGUGGCCCCUCUCUCUGUAACUGCUGCUGUCAGACUCGUCAUUUAGGUCUUACAAUAUUUGUAUUAACCCACUCUACAUGAUUCUAGUGUUUUUAUUUAAAUAUUGUAUGUCCAUAACUCAAGAUAUGAACAUUACUGACAGACAAAUCAGGCCCCUACUCUUCUCCAAAUAGCUGCUCGCCUCGAUGAGCUUCAUUUAACUGGAGCUUCGUCCUCUUCUUUAUACAGUCUACAGGUGGUACAUGGACAUUCGGGACAUUGAUAACAAUAUGAUUUUUUCUUCUAUUGUAACACACACAUAAAGAGGCUACGAUUUGCCUGUCACUCAUGUUGGUAUCAGUCUUGUCCUCACGUCCUCCGUUGCGUCUCAAGCCCGGUCAAGAGUGAUCGUCCAAUCAAAUCUGUUUAUUUCAGUGACACUUGUGAAACAAAGGAGCUCAUUGGUCACCUAUGAUUUACAAAUCAAAUCAAAUCAAAUUUGUCUCACUUUAGAUUAACAGCGUUUAGGCUUUGCUCCCUUAUUCUGCAGAAAUCAGCCAUGUUUUUCAGCCUCCUAUGAGAUUUUUUUACCUUUAUUAUUUCCGAUACAGACAGACCAUGCCUGUCCCUGAUUGGCUAAUCCACCUGUCAAUCACACUCAUUUGAAAACAAGGAGAUUCACCAGUGACCAGACUCAUAUCUUAUAAUAGAGUUAAAUGCCAAUAGACUCAAGAAACAAAAAAGUCUAUUAUGUUUUCUAUAUAAAUCUCACUUUUGUAUUCAUUUCUUGUGGCAUUAAUGGAAAAAGUAGGACAUUCUUUAAAUAAAUGGUACAAAGAUGAGGCAUAAAUGGCUGUGUGGGGCAACCAAAAGUGAAACAGGAGGUCACUCUACUCCUUAUACAGAAAAAUGCAUUAUUUGUGAUGAAACUUACAUGUGGAAUCUAUGAAAUAUCUGAGCCACAUCUGAACGGUCCUACAGUUUGUUUUGUUUUCAUGGUGUUUGUCUCUAUCUUGUGGUCAGUUUUGUACAUCACACUGUUUCCUCAGGUUCAUUCCUCGUCAAUGGUGGAAAGAUGUGAAGUUGUCGUAACGGGUGUGUGUAGCGGACCAAAGGAUGCAGACUCGGGGAAAAUUUACAGGAUUUAUUGUAGAAUAGGACAAGUACAAACAGUGGGUGAUCCGGAGGUGAGCAGGUGAGCAGGAACACCGGAAACACAAGGACCGGGGACAUGAAGGGACCACAGGAUGACAGGCAGACCAGACGGGCGUAGGGCAGAGCGGGCAGGAGACAUCCAGGGCCGGAGCACGACAGGAACACAGGGAUGACAGGAACGCAGGCACGACAGGAACAAGUGAGGACGACACAGACACGGUCAGGACAUGCAGACGAUCUCACACUGAGUGUCUUCCCCCAUCUCCUCUUAUCCAUGGCAGGUGUGGUGAUUAGCCAGAUGGGGAGCAGGUGUGCGCGGGAGGAGCCGAGAGCUCCGCCCAGCUCCAGGUACAGGCAGGUGAGGGAUGGGGAAGAGCACACAGGGAGGAAAACCAGGAGGGGACAGUGCGGAUCUUUAGUUAGUUUACAUACAUAUAAUUAAAACAUUAAAAUGUGAAAUACAAUACUAAAAUGUCCUGAGUUUGUUCAAAACAUAAUUAAAGACAUUG